GCCCCGAGGAGCUGUAGUCCAAAACAGUUUGUGUGCAAAGAUGGGGUGACGUGCAUUUCAAAGGGAUGGCGCUGUGACCGUGAGAAGGACUGCCCAGAUGGCUCUGAUGAGGACCCUGAUGUUUGUCCCCACAGCACGGUGUCACGCUGCCCACCCAAUGAGUACCAGUGUGGAGGAACAGAGUUGUGCAUCCACAUGAGCAAACUGUGCAACGGGGUCUCAGACUGUACUGACGGCUGGGACGAGGGGCCGCACUGCAGAGUGUAUGCGUCCAACUGCUCGCUCACAGGCUGUGAGGAGAGCUGUGCGGUUACCCCGACAGGGCCUGCCUGUUACUGUAAGAGUGGUUAUGAGAUCAGCCAGGAUGGAAAGACGUGCAAAGACUUUGAUGAGUGCGGUGUGUACGGCACCUGCAGUCAGACCUGCACCAACGCUGAGGGCUCCUACACCUGCUCCUGCGUGGAGGGAUACUUGUCCCAGCCAGACAACCGCUCCUGCAAAGCCAAAAACGUGCCGGUCGACCGUCUGCCUGUCCUGCUGAUCGCAAAUUCCCAGAACAUCCAGGCCACCUCCCUAAGCGGCGCCGUCCACAGUCUGUUGUCCACCAGCACAAAACAAACCACAGCCAUGGACUUCAUUUAUGCCCAGGAAACUGUCUGCUGGAUUCACGUGGGAGACUCCCCCUCAUCCACACACCUCAAAUGUGCCUCCAUUCCCAACCUGAAGAGCUUCACAGAGGACAGAAUCAUCAACAUCUCCUUUAGCCUACACCAUGUGGAGCAGAUGGCCAUUGAUUGGCUUACCGGGAACUUCUACUUUGUGGACGACAUGGACGACAGGAUUUUUGUUUGUGACAAGGACGGCCAGACAUGUGUCACCCUUCUGGACCAGGAGCUGUACAACCCUAAAGGCAUUGCUCUGGACCCCACCAUGGGGAAGGUGUUCUUCACAGACUACGGUCAGAUCCCCAAAGUAGAGCGCUGUGACAUGGACGGCCAGAACCGGACCAAACUGGUGGACAGCAAGAUCGUGUUCCCCCACGGCAUCACGCUGGACCUGGUCAGCAGGCUGGUGUACUGGGCCGACGCCUAUCUGGACUACAUUGAGGUGGUGGACUACGAGGGCAAGAAUCGGCACACCAUCAUCCAAGGCCUGCUGAUCGAGCAUCUAUACGGACUGACGGUGUUUGAAAACUAUCUGUACGCCACCAACUCAGACAGUGCUAACAUGCAGCCCAAGACCAGCGUGAUCAGGGUCAACCGCUUCAACAGUACAGACUACCAGGUGGUGACCAGGGUGGACAAGGGAGGGGCGCUGCACGUCUAUCACCAGAGAAGACAACCUCCAGUGCGGAGCCAUGCCUGUGAGGUGGACCAGUUUGGGAAACCUGGAGGCUGCUCGGACAUCUGUCUCCUGGGGAAUGGACACAAGACCCGGACCUGUCGCUGUCGCUCUGGGUUCAGCCUGGGAAGUGAUGGCAAGUCCUGCAAAAAACCUGAGCACGAGCUCUUCCUGGUUUACGGUAAAGGCCGCCCGGGCGUCAUCAGAGGCAUGGACAUGAAUGCCAAGGUGCCUGAUGAGUACAUGAUCCCGAUUGAGAAUCUCAUGAACCCGAGAGCUUUGGACUUUCAUGCUGAGAGCGAGUUCAUUUAUUUUGCUGACGCCACCAGUUACAUCAUUGGCCGACAGAAGAUUGAUGGAACAGAGAGGGAUAUAAUACUGAAGGAAGGGAUUCACACAGUCGAGGGUAUUGCUGUGGAUUGGAUGGCCAACAACUUGUACUGGACAGAUGACGGACCAAAGAAAACUAUCAGUGUGGCUCGAUUGGAAAAGGCCUCACAGACCCGUAAAACGCUGAUUGAGGGGAAAAUGACUCACCCUCGGGCCAUUGUGGUGGAUCCUCUUCACGGAUGGAUGUAUUGGACAGACUGGGAGGAGGACCCUAAGGAGAGCAAGCGAGGCAAAAUUGAGCGGGCCUGGAUGGACGGCUCCAACAGAAAUGUCUUCCUGACCAGCAAAACCGUGCUGUGGCCAAACGGUCUGAGUCUGGACAUCCCACAGGGCAUUCUCUACUGGGUGGAUGCCUACUACGACCGCUUGGAGAUGGUCUACCUGAACAAUUCCGUGCGCAAGACGGUGUAUGAAGGUCAGGAGCUGAACCACGCCUUUGGUUUAUGCCACUAUAAACACUUCUUGUUCUGGAACGAGUACCGCAGUGGCAGCAUUUACAAGCUGGACACCACCACCGGCACGGCCACUCUGUUGCGCAACGAGCGGCCGCCCAUCUUCGAGAUCCGGAUGUACGACGCUCAACAGCAGCAGGGCACCAAUAAAUGUCGCGUGAACAAUGGGGGCUGCAGCAGUCUGUGUCUGGCCACGCCAGGAGGCAGACAGUGUGCCUGUGCAGAGGACCAAAUACUAGACCCAGCUGACAACGCCAGCUGCAGAGCCAACCCCUCUUACGUGCCCCCUCCUCAGUGCCAGCCAGGAGAGUUUGCUUGUAAGAACAACCGCUGCAUCCAGGAGCGCUGGAAGUGUGAUGGAGACAACGACUGCUUGGACAACAGCGAUGAAGCUCCUGAGCUGUGCCACCAGCAUACUUGCCCCACGGAUCGAUUUAAAUGCAAGAACAACCGCUGCAUCCCCCUGCGCUGGCUAUGCGAUGGAGAUAAUGACUGCGGGAACGAUGAGGACGAAUCCAACACCACCUGCUCGGCCCGUACCUGCCCGCCCAAUCAGUACUCGUGCGCCAGCGGGCGCUGCAUCCCCAUUUCCUGGACGUGUGACCUGGACGAUGACUGUGGCGAUCGGUCGGAUGAGCCCGCUUCUUGUGCCUACCCCACCUGUUUCCCCCUCACGCAGUUCACCUGCAACAACGGGCGCUGCAUCAACAUUAACUGGCGCUGUGAUAAUGAUAAUGACUGUGGGGACAACAGUGAUGAAGCCGGUUGCAGCCACUCCUGUUCCAGCACUCAGUUCAAGUGUAACAGCGGCCGCUGCAUCCCAGAUUAUUGGACCUGUGAUGGCGAUAAUGACUGUGGGGACUACAGCGACGAGACCCAUGCAAACUGCACCAAUCAGACCACGCGCCCGCCUGGCGGUUGUCAUACGGAUGAGUUUCAGUGUCAGACGGACGGCCUGUGCAUCCCCAUGCGCUGGCGCUGUGAUGGAGAUACAGACUGCAUGGACAUGAGCGAUGAGAAGAACUGUGAGGGCGUCACUCACAUGUGCGAUCCAGCUGUGAAGUUUGGCUGCAGGGACUCUGCACGCUGCAUCAGCAAAGCUUGGGUCUGUGAUGGGGACAGUGACUGUGAGGACAACUCGGAUGAAGACAACUGCGAGGCACUGGUGUGUAAGCUCUCUCACCACGUGUGUGCCAACGACUCCACCAUCUGCCUGCCUGCAGAGAAACUUUGCGAUGGCACUGAUGACUGUCCAGAUGGCUCUGAUGAGAAACUCUGUGAUUUGUGUUCUAUGAACAACGGCGACUGUAGCCAUAACUGCACAGUGGCUCCCGGUGAGGGCGUGAUCUGCUCCUGCCCGCUGGGGAUGGAGUUGGGUUCCGACAAUAAGACUUGUCAGAUCCAGAGCUUCUGCGCCAAGCACCUCAAGUGCAGUCAACGCUGUGAGCAGGACAAGUUCAGUGUGAAGUGCUCGUGUUACGAGGGUUGGGAACUGGAGCCUGACAUGGAAAACUGCAAGAGCACGGAUCCCUUUAAACCCUUUAUCAUUUUCUCAAACCGCCAUGAGAUCCGGCGCAUUGAUCUGAAUAAGGGGGAGUUCAGCGUUUUGGUCCCUGGCCUCAGGAACACCAUCGCCCUUGACUUCCAUCUCAGUCAGAGUGCCCUCUAUUGGACCGAUGUGGUGGAAGAUAAGAUCUAUCGUGGAAAGCUCUCAGAGAAUGGGGCUCUGACUAGCUUUGAUGUGGUAAUCCAGUAUGGGCUGGCUACGCCUGAGGGUCUAGCAGUGGACUGGAUUGCGGGAAACAUUUACUGGGUGGAAAGUAACCUCGAUCAAAUCGAAGUUGCCAAGCUGGAUGGCACCAUGAGGACAACGCUACUGGCUGGGGAGGUGGAGCACCCCCGAGCUAUUGCUCUUGACCCCCGGGAUGGGAUUCUCUUUUGGACUGACUGGGACGCCAGUUUACCAAGGAUUGAAGCUGCAUCCAUGAGUGGAGAGGGCAGGAAGACUAUCCACAAGGAGACCGGCAACGGGGGCUGGCCAAACGGGCUAACUGUGGAUUAUCUGGAGAGGCGCAUCCUCUGGAUCGAUGCCAGGUCUGAUGCCAUUUACUCAGCAAAGUACGACGGUUCUGGACUAAUUGAGGUUCUGAGGGGCCAUGAGUAUCUGUCACAUCCGUUUGCUGUCACCAUGUAUGGUGGAGAGGUUUACUGGACGGACUGGAGGACAAACACGCUGGCAAAGGCCAACAAGUGGACCGGCAGCAACGUGACUGUGGUCCAGAGAACCAACACGCAACCCUUUGACCUGCAGGUCUACCACCCUUCCAGACAGCCACAAGCUCCUAACCCGUGUGAAGCUAAAGACGGCAAGAAGCCCUGCUCUCACCUCUGUCUAAUCAACUUCAAUCAGACUUUCUCAUGCGCUUGUCCUCACCUCAUGAAGCUGGGAGACGACAAGCGUACCUGUUACGAGUCGCGGCAGUUUUUGCUGUACGCCCGACAGAUUGAGAUCAGAGGAGUGGACGUAGACAACCCAUACUACAAUUAUAUAAUAUCUUUCACUGUGCCGGACAUCGACAACGUGACUGUGGUGGACUAUGACGCCCUGGAGCACCGGAUCUACUGGUCAGACGUCCGAACGCAGACGAUAAAGAGAGCUUUUAUCAACGGCACUGGAGUUGAGACCGUCGUCUCUGCUGACCUGCCCAACACUCACGGCCUGGCAGUGGACUGGGUAUCCAGGAACCUGUUCUGGACCAGUUAUGAUGCCAAUAAGAGACAGAUUAAUGUUGCUAGACUGGAUGGCUCCUUCAAAAACGCUGUCAUCCAAAACUUGGACAAACCACAUUGUCUGGUCCUGCAUCCAAUACUGGGGAAGCUGUACUGGACAGAUGGGGACAACAUCAGCAUGGCCAACACGGACGGCAGCAACCGCAGCCUCCUCUUCACUGACCAGAAAGGCCCUGUUGGCCUCUCUAUUGACUUCGACACAGAGCAGCUUUACUGGAUCAGCUCUGGGAACAGCACCAUUAACCGCUGUAAAAUGGACGGCUCCGGCCUGGAGGUGCUGGAAAGUGUCAAGGGAAAGCUGACCAAGGCUACUGCUCUGGCCAUCAUGGGAGAUAAGUUGUGGUGGGCAGACCAAGGAACUGACCAGAUCGGAACCUGUGACAAGGAAGAUGGUGGAAACUGGAAAAUCCUACGGAACAGCACAUCUCCCAUGAUGCACAUGAAGAUCUACAAUGAAACUGUGCAAAGAGGCACUAAUCUCUGCAGUAAUAACAACGGAGACUGUUCCCAGCUGUGUCUCCCAACCUCCCCGACCACCAGAGCCUGCAUGUGCACCGCGGGAUACAGCCUACGCAGAGGGCAGCAGUCCUGUGAGGGUGUGGGUUCCUUCCUGCUUUACUCGGUGCAUGAGGGCAUUCGUGGUAUUCCCUUGGACCCGUCAGACAAGUCUGACGCCCUGGUGCCAGUGUCUGGUACCUCCCUGGCUGUGGGCAUAGAUUUUCAUGCUGACAAUGACACAAUCUACUGGGUAGAUAUGGGUCUGAGCACCAUCAGCAGAGCCAAAAGAGACCAGACCUGGAGAGAGGACGUAGUUACCAAUGGCAUUGGCAGGGUUGAGGGCAUUGCUGUCGACUGGAUUGCUGGAAACAUCUACUGGACAGAUCAAGGUUUUGAUGUCAUUGAGGUAGCCCGACUGAACGGAUCAUUCCGCUACGUGGUGAUCUCCCAGGGCCUGGACAAACCUCGUGCCAUCACUGUCCAUCCUGAGAAAGGUUACCUGUUCUGGACAGAGUGGGGUCAGUAUCCACGCAUUGAGCGUUCUCGUCUUGAUGGCACUCAAAGGGCUAUUCUGGUCAAUGUCAGCAUCAGCUGGCCAAAUGGAAUCUCCAUUGACUACGAGGAAGGCCUUUUAUACUGGUGUGAUGCCAGGACUGAUAAGAUUGAGCGCAUCAACCUGGAGACUGGAGAAAACAGGGAGGUGGUGCUGGCCAACAACAACAUGGACAUGUUCUCUGUGUCUGUGUUUGAGAGCUACAUCUAUUGGAGUGACAGGACACACGCUAACGGCUCCAUAAAGAGAGGCAGUAAGGACAAUGCAACAGACUCUGUCUCACUGAGAACUGGUAUUGGGGUACAGCUAAAAGACAUCAAGGUUUUCAACAGGGCAAGACAGCAAGGAACAAAUGUGUGUAAGGACAACAACGGCGGGUGUCAGCAGCUCUGUCUUUUCCGUGGCAACGGGCAGCGCACGUGCGCCUGUGCGCACGGCAUGCUGGCUGAGGAUGCCAGCGGCUGCCGCGACUACGACGGCUACCUCCUCUACUCGGAGCGAACCAUACUGAAGAGCGUCCACCUGUCGGACGAAAACAACCUGAACGCACCCAUAAAGCCGUUCGAGGACCCCGAGCACAUGAAGAAUGUCAUCGCUCUCACUUUCGACUACAGAGGAGGCGGAGGGAAGGGAGCUAACCGAAUCUUUUUCAGUGACAUUCACUUUGGCAACAUUCAGCAGAUCAGCGAUGAUGGAUCAGACCGCAAGACCGUAGUGGAGAAUGUGGGCUCGGUGGAGGGUUUGGCCUACCACAGGGGCUGGGAUAUGUUGUAUUGGACCAGCUACACCACCUCCACCAUCAGCCGCCACACUGUGGACCAGAGCCGCUGGGGUGCUGUUGACCGGCACACCGUGGUCACCAUGUCUGGAGACGACCAUCCCAGGGCCUUCGUUCUUGACGAGUGUCAGGGCCUGAUGUUCUGGACCAACUGGAAUGAGCAAUCUCCCAGUAUCAUGCGGGCCACGCUCAAUGGAGCCAAUGUCCUCUCAAUCAUCGGCACCGACAUCAGAACUCCAAACGGCUUAGCCAUAGACCACCGUGCAGAAAAGCUUUACUUCUCCGACGCCACACUAGACAAGAUUGAGCGCUGCGAGUAUGACGGCAGCAGGCGCUACGUGGUGCUGAAGAAUGAGCCGGUCCAUCCGUUCGGUCUGGCUGUGUAUGGAGACUACAUCUUCUGGACUGACUGGGUGAGGAGGGCUGUGCUUCGGGCCGACAAAUACACAGGAGGAGACAUGAAGGUGCUGCGUGCUGACAUCCCCCAGCAGCCAAUGGGCAUCGUUGCCGUGGCCAACGACACGAAUAGCUGCGAGUUCUCUCUCUGUCGCGUCAACAAUGGCGGAUGUCAGGACCUGUGUCUGCUGAACUCUGAAGGAAGGGUCAACUGCAGUUGUCGUGGUGACCGGAAGCUCUUGGAAGACAACACCUGCAUUGCCAUCAACACUACAUGCAACAACAUUGAUGAGUUUGAGUGUGGGAAUGGAGACUGCAUCAACUACACACUGACCUGUGAUGGAAAAGCCCACUGCAAGGACAAGUCUGAUGAGAAGCAGUCCUACUGCUCCAAUCGUGUGUGCAAAAAGGGUUACAGGCGAUGUGUCAAUGGCCGCUGUGUGGGGCACAGCUCCUGGUGCAAUGGACAGGACGACUGCGGAGACAAUUCUGACGAGCUCUUCUGUAACACCACCCUGUGCACAGUGGAUCAGUUCCAGUGCAGAGACGGAAGCUGCAUCUCUAACUCCAGCAAGUGCAACCAGAAGGUGGACUGUGAAGAUGCAAGCGAUGAGAUGAACUGCUCGGCCACGGACUGUUCCAGUUACUUCCACCUGGGAGUGAAGGGAGUGAUGUUUCAGAAGUGUGAGUUCACCACCCUCUGCUACGCCCCCGAAUGGCAGUGUGAUGGAGCCAAUGACUGUGGAGACUUCUCGGAUGAAAGGAAUUGCCCAGGGAGCGGGAAAACAAAAUGCCCCAUGCCUUUCUUUGCCUGUCCGAGCGGACGCUGCAUCCCCAUGAGUUGGACGUGUGACAAGGAGAAUGACUGUGAGAACGGGGCAGACGAAGCUCACUGUGACAAGUUCUGCUCAGCCACCCAAUUUGAGUGUGGAAACCACCGCUGCAUUCCCCACCGCUGGGUGUGCGAUGGGGCGGAUGACUGCGGCGACAGCUCUGAUGAAGACAACAAGUGCAAGACUAAAACCUGCAGUCCAGAGGCCUUCCAGUGCCCUGGAUCGCACAUGUGUAUCCCUCAGCGCUGGAAGUGUGACGGCGACAACGACUGUCCUGACGGAGCUGAUGAGAGUGUCAAAGCUGGCUGUGUCUUCAACAACACGUGCAGCAGCAACGAGUUCAUGUGCCAGAACCGGCAGUGUAUUCCCAAGCACUUUGUGUGUGACCAUGACAACGACUGCAGCGACGGCUCGGAUGAGUCCCAGGAGUGUGAGUAUCCCACUUGCGGUCCAGCUGAGUUCCGCUGUGCCAACGGCCGCUGCCUCAUCCAGGGCUCGUGGGAGUGCGAUGGAGACUUCGACUGCCACGACCACUCGGACGAAGCACCGAAAAAUCCACACUGCACUGGCCCGGAGAUGAAAUGCAACGACACUGCCUAUGCCUGCAAAAAUGGAAACUGCAUUAACGAGACGCUGCUCUGCGACCAUAAAGACGACUGUGGCGACGGCUCCGACGAGCUCAACUGCUUUGUGAACGAGUGCCUGAACAGCAAACUGAGUGGCUGCUCCCAGCUUUGUGAGGACCUCAAAAUAGGGUUUAAGUGCCGAUGCCACUCUGGCUUCCGUCUGAAAGAUGAUGGGAAGACGUGCGUCGACAUAGAUGAAUGCACAACCACUUAUCCAUGCACGCAGCGCUGCAUCAACACACACGGCAGCUUCCAUUGUUUGUGUGUGGAAGGUUUCCAGCUCAGUCCCGAGAACCCAACAAUAUGCAAAUCCAUCUCUGAUGAGGAGCCCUUCCUCAUCUUUGCCAACCGUUAUUACCUGAGGAAGCUCAACUUGGAUGGCUCGAACUACACACUGCUCAAACAGGGCUUAAACAACGCUGUCGCUCUGGACUUCGACUAUCGCCAGCAGAUGAUUUAUUGGACCGACGUGAACACGCAGGGCAGCAUGAUCCGACGCAUGCACAUCAACGGCAGCGAUGUUCAGGUGCUUCAUCGCACAUUACUCAGCAACCCUGACGGCCUGGCAGUGGACUGGGUCGGAGGAAACCUGUACUGGUGUGAUAAGGGACGGGACACCAUUGAAGUGUCAAAGCUGAAUGGAGCAUACCGAACUGUCCUGGUCAACAGCGGUCUUAGGGAGCCACGUGCGGUGGCUGUGGACGUGCGAUAUGGGUACUUGUACUGGUCUGACUGGGGGGACAAUGCCCAUAUUGGGAGGAUCGGGAUGGACGGCACCAACAGGAGCACCAUCAUACAGGAUAAGAUCACCUGGCCCAAUGGCCUCACUCUGGAUUUUGUGAAUGAUCGCAUCUACUGGGCUGAUGCUCGGGAGGACUACAUUGCUUUUGCCAGCCUGGAUGGAAGCAAUAGGCACACGGUUUUGACCCAGGACAUCCCCCACAUCUUUGCCAUGACUUUGUUUGAGGAGUACAUCUACUGGACAGACUGGGAGACGAAGUCCAUCAACAGAGCCCAUAAGACACUUGGGAAAAACAAGACUAUGCUGAUCAGCACCCUACACAGGCCCAUGGACAUCCACAUUUUCCACCCAUAUCGCCAGCCUGAAGUGGCGGGCCAUCCAUGCCAGCUCAACAACGGAGGCUGUAGUAACCUGUGUUUGCUCUCGCCUGGCGGGGGCUACAAAUGUGCGUGCCCCACUAACUUUUACCUGGCGGCAGAUGGCAAACAGUGCCUGUCCAACUGCACGGCGAGUCAGUUUGUCUGCAAAAAUGACAAGUGCAUUCCAUUUUGGUGGAAGUGUGACACAGAAGAUGACUGUGGGGAUCGCUCGGAUGAACCUGCAGACUGCCCCGAAUUUAAGUGCAGACCAGGCCAGUUCCAGUGCGGUACUGGCAUUUGUACCAACCCAGCGUACAUCUGUGAUGGAGACAAUGACUGUCAGGACAACUCUGAUGAGGCCAACUGUGACAUCCAUGUGUGCCUGCCAAGUCAGUUCAAAUGCAACCACCCGAGUCGCUGCAUCCCUGGCAUCUUCCGUUGCAAUGGGCAGGAUAACUGUGGAGAUGGGGAGGAUGAGAAAGACUGCCCUGAAGUUACAUGCGCCCCCAACCAGUUCCAGUGUACCAUCAGUAAGCGGUGCAUCCCGCGGGUGUGGGUGUGUGACAGGGACAAUGACUGUAUGGACGGAUCCGACGAGCCGGCCAACUGCACUCAGAUGACCUGCGGUGUGGAUGAGUUCCGCUGUAAAGACUCGGGCCGCUGCAUCCCGGCCCUCUGGAAGUGUGACGGGGAGGCCGACUGCGGCGAUGCUUCAGACGAACCCAAGGAGGAGUGUGACGAGCGGACGUGUGAGCCUUACCAGUUCCGCUGUAAAAACAAUCGCUGCGUUCCCGGACGCUGGCAGUGCGACUACGACAACGACUGUGGGGACAACUCGGACGAGGACAAGUGUCAGCCCCGAAAGUGUUCGGAGAGCGAGUUUGCUUGCUCAAAUGGCCGUUGCAUUGCCGGGCGCUGGAAGUGCGACGGGGACCACGAUUGUGCGGAUGGCUCGGACGAGAAUGGCUGUGACGUGAAGUGUGACAGUGAUCAGUUCCAGUGCAAAAAUGGCCAUUGCAUCCCCAUCCGCUGGCGCUGUGAUGCGGAUCCAGAUUGCAUGGAUGGCAGUGACGAGGAGAAAUGUGACAGUGGAGUGGGUAGACACUGCCCCCUGGACGAGUUCCAGUGUAACAACACUCUUUGUAAACCCCUCGGCUGGAAGUGUGACGGCGAGGACGACUGUGGAGACAACUCUGACGAGAACCCGGAAGAAUGUGUUAAAUUCCAGUGUCCACCGACCCGGCAGUUCCGCUGUCAUAAUGACCGAGUGUGCCUGCCCGUAUCAAAACGCUGCGAUGGCAUAAACAACUGUGGGGACAACAGCGAUGAGCUCAACUGCCUGGCGCCUCCCUCCACACCAGUAUGUCAGAAGGACGAGUUCCAGUGCUCCAAUGGUCGCUGCAUCAGCUCCACUCUCCGCUGCAACUACUUUAACGAUUGUGAGGACUACGGCUCGGAUGAAAUCAGCUGCAAUAAGAAAGACACCGUGUUGAACGACUGCCACAGCAACAGGACGGUGUGUGGGGAUGGAGAUGAGGCCCACUGUGUGGUCAACGGCACUGACUCCUUCUGUUCCUGCAAACCGGGCUUUCAGUCUAAUGGACAGAACAGAUGUGAAGAUAAGAACGAGUGUAAGCAGUUCGGAGUGUGUUCCCAUACCUGCAACAACACUAAAGGCUCCUACAAAUGCAGCUGCCACAAGUAUUUCAGCAGAAUCAAUAACACCUGCAAGGCUGACGCUCAAGGACAAGUGCUGUACAUUGCUGAUGACAAUGAAAUCCGCAGCCUGGACCCUUCCAUGCCCAACUGGCGCUACGAACAGAUGUUCCACGGUGAUGCCAACGUGCGCAUUGAUGCCAUGGACCUACACGUGAAGACAAAUCGCAUCUACUGGACAAACUGGCACACGGGGCGCAUCUCUGCCUACGAUUUGCCCUCCUCCUCCUCUUCCUCCCAAAACAGCAACCGGAACAGACGGCAAACCGAGUCCAGAGUCACCAACCUUGAGAUUCCAGAUCUGAAGAUGCCCCGGGGCAUCGCCGUGGACUGGGUGGCAGGGAACUUGUACUGGACGGAUUCCGGUAGGGACGUCAUCGAGGUGGCCCAAAUAAGUGGCGUACAGCACCGCAAAACCCUGAUCUCAGGCAUGAUCGACGAGCCCCACGCCAUUGUAGUUGAUCCACAGAGAGGGAAAAUGUACUGGGCAGACUGGGGUAACCACCCCAAGAUUGAAACAGCUGCUAUGGACGGAACCAUGAGAGAGACCCUGAUUGAAGAAAACAUCCAGUGGCCGACUGGUCUGGCGGUGGACUACUUCAACGAGCGUCUGUACUGGGCCGACGCCAAACUCUCCUUGAUCUGCAGCGUGAGGCUGAAUGGCAGCGAUGCAGUCGUGGCCGUAAACGGCAUUAAAAACAGUCUCCAUCACCCAUUCAGCAUUGAUGUAUUUGAAGACUACGUUUACGGAGUCACUUACCUCAACAACUACGUCUUCCGGGUGAACAAGUUCGGCAAAGGCCCCGUUGAGAACUUGACAACUGGAAUGAACCAUGCCACCGAUAUAGUUUUGCACCACCGUAACAAACAACCCGAAGUCACUAACCCGUGUGACAGGAAGAAGUGUGAGUGGUUAUGUCUGCUGAGCCCCAGCGGACCGGUCUGCACCUGUCCAAACGGACGCACGCUGGACAAUGGCACCUGCGUGGAGCUGCCCACUCCCACGCUGUCUCCUAUCUCGCCUCCCAGUGGGCCCUGCACGGUCCAGUGUCUGAAUGGCGGCAGCUGUUUCCUGAAUGCCCACAAGCAACCCAAAUGCCGCUGCCAGCCCAAUUACGCGGGGGAUCGCUGCGAGAUUGAUCAGUGCAGAGACUAUUGCAAGAACGGUGGCACAUGCACGCCUUCCCCCACUGGCUCUCCGACAUGCCGAUGCCUGACAGGCUUCACGGGGCCAAACUGCAAUCUGCACACUUGCAGGGACUACUGUAAGAAUGGGGGCAAUUGCUCCGUCAGUGCCGGAAACCAGCCGACCUGUCGCUGCCCCUCAGACUUCCUUGGCGAUCAGUGCCAGUACCGAAGCUGUGAGGGCCACUGCCUGAACAAAGGGACAUGUCUGCAGAGUGAAAAUGGCUCCAAGUUUUGCCGCUGUACGCCCCAGUACUCCGGCACCAAGUGUGAGAUCGACAGGUGUCACUACUGUCGUGACGGCGAAUGCAUCCCCAGCAACGGUUUCUCAUCCAGAGUACAAUUCACGUGUCGCUGCACAAACGGCAGAAUCCAGCCCAGCUGUUACACAUGCGAUACAAAUGAGUACUGUGCAAAUGGCCAGUGCUCGAUAAAUCCUGUUACUCGCCUUCCGGAGUGCAGAUGUACGGCAGGCUGGGAGGGGCAUCGCUGUGAGUCUGUGGCCAGCAGUAGCGAUGGCUCAGGUUCCAGUGGACGCACGGCCUCCAUCGUGAUCACGGUACUGGUACUUCUGCUGCUGGUCCUGCUGGCUGCAGGGGCUUUGCUGUGGUACAGGAGACGAAUGAGAGGGGCAAAGGGCUUCCAGCACCAAAGGAUGACAAAUGGGGCCAUGAACGUUGAGAUUGGAAACCCUGCCUACAAGAUCUACGAGGGCGAGCCGGACGACGACGCCGGGGAGCUGCUGGACGCAGACUUCACGCUGGACCCGGACAAGCCCACAAACUUCACAAACCCGGUGUACGCCACUCUGUACAUGGGAGCUCACAACAGUCGCAACUCUCUGGCCAGCACGGACGAGAAGAAGGAGCUGCUGUCCCGUGGCGACGAGGAGCCCCUCGUGGACCCGCUGGCAUAG